AUGGAGGCUGUGGAAACCAAUACUGGUGCAAUCUUCUUUGUGGAUGGACCAGGAGGAACUGGAAAGAUAUAUUUAUAUCGUGCACUGUUAGCCUCAGUGAGAAGUCAAGGUCGAAUUGCCAUUGCAACAAUAACUUCUGGAAUUGCAGCUACACUUUUACCUGGUGGAAGGACAACCGAUUCAAGAUUCAAGAUCCCAUUAAAUCCAGAGGCUUCAUUCAUGUGCUCCAUUACUAAACAAUCAGAUUUGGCAGAAUUGAUUAGACGUGCAACAAUCAUCAUUUGGGAUGAAGCUACAAUGACGAAUCGUUAUGCUUUUGAAGCUUUGAAUCGAACACUCAUAGACAUCACUGGUGUUGAUUAUCCAUUUGGUGGCAAAAUUAUGGUGUUUGGUGGUGACUUUCGGCAAGUACUUCCAAUUGUUCCUAAAGGUACAAAAGCUGAAACUAUUGCUGCAUCGAUAGUCAAAUCAUCUCUCUGGAGUAACAUUCAAAUACUUCGUUUAAAGCAAAAUAUGCGAUCUAUAAAUGAUCAACAGUUUGGUGAAUUUCUUUUACGUGUUGGAGAUGGUGUACAACCUACCAUUGUAGAUGAAAUGAUCAAAGUACCAACAUUGAUGGCAAUACCAUGGAACGGCGAAGAAUCAAUAGUUCGACUAUUACAAGAAAUUUAUCCUGAUAUCAGAAACCAUUCCUUUGAUGUCGGAUAUAUGGUUAGUAGGGGCAUAAUAACUCCUCGCAAUGAAGAUGUCGACAAGCUCAAUGAGAAAAUCAUUCAAAGAUUUCUGGGAGUAUCAAGAGUGUACCACUCAUUUGAUAAAGUUGAAAAUGAUACCCAAAAUUUGUAUCAACAAGAGUCUUUAAAUUCCAUUUCACCCGGAGGAAUGCCCCCACAUGCAUUGCAUUUGAAAGUUGGAGCCCCAAUUAUGCUUUUAAGGAACCUUGACCCUUCUUUUGAUUUGUGCAAUGGCACAAGGCUACUGUGUCGAGCUUUGAAUGAUAAUUUCAUAGAUUCAAAGAUUUUAACAGGACAUUUCAAAGGCACGAGAGUUUUCCUGCAUCGCAUUCCAUUAAAGGCUCCGAAAAACUUAAAACUUCCAUUUGAAAUGACUCGCACACAAUUUCCAGUUCGCCUUAGUUUUGCUUUGACAAUAAAUAAAUCACAAGGUCAAACAAUUCCACAUGUGGGAAUUUACCUUCCGGAUCAUGUAUUUAGUCAUGGGCAACUAUAUGUUGCUUUAUCUCAAGGGGUGUCAGAUCAGACAACGAAAGUCUUGGUUAAAAAGGGUUCAGUUAAUAAUGAAGAAGGAGUGUAUACCCGCAAUGUAGUCUAA